AGGAAAGGUCGAAAGGCAAAAGACAAGGAAUCAUUAUGUAGUGAUGAUAACAAAUUGUAUUUGGAAGAAGCUGUAUUAGAAAAAAAGUUACCAGACAUUGAUCUUAGGAUAUUAGUUGAAAUGCCAAAUGGAAUAGAUUUUAAUGAGUGGCUCGCUUCUCAUACAAUUUCAAUUUUUGACAACACCAACUUGAUUUAUGGAACUGUGUCAGAAUUCUGUACAAUUUCAGGAUGUCCUGAUAUGGUUGGACCAAGUUAUAGAACCUAUUUGUGGUUUGACGAAAAAGGAAAAAAAUCUCGCGUUGCUGCACCAUUAUACAUUGAUUAUGUUAUGACAUUUGUUCAAAAAACUAUUAAUGAUGAGACAAUUUUUCCAACUAAAUAUGCUAAUGAAUUUCCUGUCGGCUUUGAGAUUGUAGUAAAAAAAAUUUUAAGAUUGUUGUUUCAUGUUUUAGCUCAUCUUUAUCAUAGUCACUUUCGUGAGUUAGUACUUUUAAAUUUGCAUACACAUUUAAAUUGUGUGUUUGCUCAUCUGUCAGUAUUUAAUCAUCGUUAUCAAUUGAUUGAGCUUCGUGAAACUGAAAUCUUACAAGAUCUAGUCGUAGCUUUAAAAAUUCUAGGUGAUGAUGAAGUAAUAGCUACCGAAGUCAAUGAAUCUGUUGAUGAAUAUAAGGAUGUUAUCAAUAAAGAACCAACUAUGUCUCUUGCAGAUCAACCUAUCAACAUGUUCUCUAAUCCUUCUCCUAUUAAUACUCAGACUUUAGCUACUCAAAUUGAUAAUAUCUAGUCUAGUAAAUAAAGUAUAAUUAUAUAGAUACUACAAGUAAAUGAUAUAUGUUAUAUGUUCAGUACAUAAAAUGACUUGUUAAAUUAUUUAGAAAAUAACAGUUGGCAGACAAUAAACUAAUAUCAAAGCUUUUAAACCUAUUUUAUUAUACUAAAAUA